AUGGUUGCGUUACGGUCCCUCGCGGCCGCCGUCGCCAGCGCUGCGCUAUUCCUCCAGACGUCUCUCGCCGAAUCCUUUAAGCGAAAUCCUGUCGACUAUGUCACCUUGAUCGACAAUGUCCAAAUAAACACCCCGUCGCAUCGAGUCAAUGCCCAGUCCAAGUUCGACCUCACAUUUACCCUCCACAAGGGCCACCAAACAGUUAGACUCGCCCUCGAGCCCAACGACGACCUCAUCCCCGACGAUCUGGCCGUCACCGUUCUCGGCGCCGAUGGUGAAGUCGCUGCCGCCCACCCCAUCCUACGAUCCGACCAUAAAGUGUUCAAAGGCCGCGCAUUUGUACAGCGCUAUGGCGUGCAGGGAUGGUCAGCCGCGGGCUGGGCCAGAAUCAUGGUCCUGAAGGACGGGGACGAGCCUGUUUUCGACGGUGCGUUCCGUAUCGAUGGCAACAACCACCACAUUGAGACAGCUGCCAAGUAUCGCCUGGUCAAACACGAGGGCGAUCCUAGCGUGCAGCUCCAAGACGAGGGGGCCGCGGGCAAGACCAUGGUUGUGUGGCGCGACUCGGACAUCACAACUCUUGACUACUCUCAGUCUGAGCUGAAGCGCCGAAGUGUCGGUAGCAGCGCACUCUGCGAUUCGGACGCUCUGACGUUCAACUCCAAAUAUGACCCCAUUGCACGAGACUUUAGCCCUCUACAGUCCAUGCCUACGCACCAACUCUUUGGUCGUCAGUCUAUUGAUGGUGGCUCCGGUGGUGAUCCUGCAGGUAAUUUGAUUGCUAGUAUUGGCUCUGUCGAUGGAUGCCCUACGACGAAAAAGGUGGCUCUCGUUGGACUGGCCACGGACUGUACAUAUUGGGGCAUUUUUGGCAGCAAGGACGCCAUUCAAAAGCAUGUUCUGGGCGUCGUCAACAAGGCCUCGGAACUAUACGAGAGCACAUUCAAGAUUUCUCUGGCUGUCAGGAACUUGACCGUCAUUGAAGCAAACUGCUCCAGCGGAGGCACCUCUGCGACGCCGUGGAAUGUCGACUGCUCGCCAGACUUUAGCAUUACUGACCGACUCAACACCUUCUCCAAGUGGCGAGGCAAGUCUCAGGAUAAGAACGCUUACUGGACGCUCCUGACCAAGUGUCCCACCGACAACGCCGUCGGUCUGGCCUGGCGUGGCCAGCUCUGCCGUCAGGGAUCUGCGCCCAACGGCGGCACCAACGAUACCAUUGCCGGUACCAAUGUCGUUGUCAAUGGCCCUACCGAAUGGCAAAUUUUUGCUCACGAGACGGGCCACACCUUUGGUGCUGUUCACGACUGUACCCCGGACCAGUGCCCCGUGAAGCCGAAUGCCCAGUCUUGCUGCCCCCUCAAGGCCGGCGGAUGCGAUGCCGGUGGCCAAUUCAUCAUGAACCCCUCCACCGCCAGCGGCAUUACACAAUUCUCCCCCUGCACGAUUGGCAACAUCUGCUCUGGUCUCAAAGGCAAUGUCAAGUCGGACUGUUUGACGGACAACAAGAAUGUUGAAACCAUAACCGAGAGCGUCUGCGGCAACGGCAUUGUAGAGCCCGGUGAGGACUGCGACUGCGGUGGCACUGAUGGGUGCGGCUCCAACAAAUGCUGCAACCCCAAGACCUGCAAGUUCGCGCAAGGCUCCGUCUGCGACCCGGCCAACGAAGACUGCUGUACCGACAGCUGCAAAUUCGCAGGCUCAGACACGGUCUGCCGCGCCAGCACGAGCGACUGCGAUCCUGAGGAAAAGUGUCCCGGCGACUCGGCCAAGUGCCCGCCUGACGAGCACAAGAAGGAUGGCGACUCCUGCGGCAAGGACCUGGAGUGUGCUUCCGGCCAGUGCACCUCGCGCAACCACCAGUGCCAGGUGGCCGCGGGCGGUCUGACGCACAGCAACAACACCAAGGCGUGCCGCAACGACUGCCUGAUGCUGUGUGAGUCGCCCUCGUUCAUGGGUGGCCAGUGUGCCUUUUACAACCAAAACUUCCUCGAUGGCACCAGCUGUAGCGGCGGCGGUCGCUGCCAGGACGGCCAGUGCAAGGGCAGCAACUGGUGGAAGGAGUUUACGCAGUGGUACACUAACAACAAGGCCAUUUCCAUCCCCGUCACCUGUGUGGUUGGUCUGCUGGUCCUUGCGAUCCUCUUUUCGUGUGUGUGCAGCUGCGUCCGCCGCGCCGGCCGUCGACGAGUCAGGAAGCCCGUCACCCCAACGUCGUCCAACAAUAGCUCGGCCGCGUGGAAUCCCUAUGCCAAUAAUGCACAAUGGCAACCGCAGCCUGGACCGACGAUGAGCGCUGCCAACGGGUUCGAUAUGCCUCCUCCUCCUCCGAGAAAUGAGUUUUAUAACAACAACAUGAACAACAACUCGUUUAACAAUGGUGGCGGUGGCGUGCAUGAUUUUGCACCGCCGCCGCACCCGCCUCCCACGUACAACUAUGGAAACCGCGCGACAGGGCCUCGAUAUGCAUAG